AUGGAUCAUUCCUCCGGGGGGGGGGGUGUUGCUGUGGACCCUCGACAGAUGACCGUUUACUUCCAUUGCCAGCGAGAGAUUGCACUGUUUCUUAAAAAUGUUACCGUCUUCAUACCGGAGUUACCUCGGACAGCAGGGCAAGGUGUGUGGAGCAGUCAAGUGAUCGUGCCGCAGAGGGUGAGCGCUGUGCUGGGGAAGAAUGUGACGUUAGAGUGCAUGGUGGAGGUGGGCACAAACCUCACGCUCACUCAGAGUUCCUGGGAGCGCCGUCUGCCUUCAGGCUCUGUCACAGUGGCUGUCUACAACCCCGAGUUCGGCAUCUCCAUCCCGCCAGAGUUUAGCAAUCGCCUGUAUUUUCGCUCACCAUCCUCUCACGAUGCCACCAUCGUACUGGAGAAUGUGGCCUUUUCUGACGUCGGCAUAUAUACCUGUAAGGUUGCUACAUUUCCACUGGGGAACACUCAAGCCUCCACGACCGUUAGUGUACUCGUGGAGCCGAAGGUCUACGUGUCUGCAGGAUCAACCGCCCUGAUCGAUGGUGGCAAUGAAACUGUGGUGGCCACCUGUAUUGCUGAGCGGGCCCGUCCCCCCGCUGAGGUGUCCUGGGAAUCCAACCUUUUCGGCCGGUCAGAAGUGCAACUAUUUGAUGAAGCCAACGGCACCACGAGCACACAAGUGCGCUACCUCUGGCAACCCACACGCCACGUCCAGGGCCACGCACUUACCUGUGUUGUCCGCCACCCGGCACUGCGGAAUGACUUCAGGAUCCCCUACCAGCUCAAUGUGCAGUUUGCUCCUGAUAUCUCAGUCGUGGGGUAUGAUGGAGACUGGUAUGUGGGCCGGGAAAACGUUCAGAUGACGUGCAAAGCCAACGCAAAUCCACCAGCUCAUCACUUCAGAUGGAUCAGAUUGGACAGUGAAAUGCCACAAGGAGUGGAAACGAUAAACAGCACUCUGCUCUUCCUGCGUCCCCUCAAGCGCAAUGACUCUGGAGUUUACAGGUGUGAGGUUGCCAAUGACAUCAACCUCCGCAGUCGGGAUGUGCGCAUUCUCAUACAAGAUCCUCCCACCAUGCCUUCCACCAUCACUGCUCCUGUCCUAACCGGUUCUGCCUCCUCCACCUUAGUGGAUGAUAAACACCAUGUCCUCCUCAGCUCCCCCACUCUUGAAGCCCUACCUGAGGGUAAUCUGGGUUCCAUAGUGGGUGGGGCUGUGGGCGGGGCCUUGUUCCUACUUCUGCUGCUGUGUCUGGUGGGCGUGUGUUACCUACGGAAACAGCAGACCUUCCACGGGAACUACUACACCAAGCAGUACCUGGGCCCCAAUGACCUCCAGAAAGCCCCCGCGCAUCACGAGCUCCACCCCACCAAAGCUGGCAGCAGCUCCCACCAUCAGGACCACGACCGAGAGGAGUGGGGCGGCCGGGAGCUCAAACACGAGCGUGACCGUCGUCACCAUAGCAACUAUAACGGAGAGGAAUAUCCCUCUAAUGGCUACACUAGGGCAAUGAGGGAGAGCAGCCACCACAACAGUCAGCAGAACCACCACCACGAACACACACAGUAUUCUAGUCCGCGGCAGGCCAGAAGUGCCAGAUACCCUCAUCCGCCCAAGCCACUGGAAAAUGGCUCCCCCUACAUGUCAGACGACUGCUACGAUAGCGGGCCCGAGGGCGAUUAUGUCUCUCACACGGAUGGCUCAGUCAUCUCUCGUAGGGAGUGGUACGUUUGA